UUUAUUUUUUGGGCGGGUAGAUACCCUAAAUUGGGAGCUGAAGCUAUCACCAUUUGUUACAUUCAACUUGCAUACCGCAAUUUAUACUUGAAUGUUUGAUUAUUCUCAAAUCGCACUCUUCUAUUACGUUUCUCCUCUCAAUUUCUGCUUGCCUUUCAGUCCUUUGUGCUGUCACUCCCCUACAUAUCUGAUGUCUGAAAAGGAGUAUCAGUCUGUGAAUUAAUAUCAACAUAUAUAUUAUACUAAUAAAGAGUAAUGGAAGGGAGACGAGUUCGACGGUUUGGAAGAUGGCGAAGCAAUCAGACUCUACUACCUGUGCGCGUCAAUCGACUAUCUAACGCUGUGUCAUGUUGUUUGCAGGUAUUGUGACUGCAAGUCGUCAAUAUUGAAUGAACCCUUGUUUCGUUUCGGACGAAGAUAUUCAAGAUAUCAGGCUUGACCAUUUCAGUGGCUGACAUUGGAUAUCUAUGCAUGUCUUCCUUCAUAUCGGUUUCAGUACAUGAACUUGGGCACGUUCUGGCUGCUGCAAGUUGACAUGUUUUGAGACAUAGUAGUGGUGGACUGGUGGUACAUGAAUCUCACAACUGCUUCGGUAGGCACUACAUUCUGGGAAAGCUGUGAGGGCAUACAGAUGGAGUACAUCGCUGUAUUUUUGGCUGUAUUAUUUCCAGGCGCUCUACUGGCAUUCAAUCAUGAGUUAUUGCAGGCAUUGUCCAAAGUUUCUGCUCUUCAAAUAUACUGUGCUGGGAUUUGGCAUAAUGCAGUUCUUUGUGCUGUUUGUGCCUGGGCAUUGUUCCUUCAACCCUUUAUCUUGUAUCCAUUUUACAUUCAUGAUGAAGGCCCCAUGGUACUGGAGGUGUCUCCAACAUCGCCGUUGGCUGGCCAUUUGUCUCCUGGUGAUGUCAUUAUAUCAUUGGAUGAUUUCCGCAUCGAUAAUGCUCAGGAGUGGUCACAAAUUAUUGACGUAUUAACUGAACACUCUUAUCAAACCUUCCAGAAUCACAGCCUUCUUGAGAACUCUAUGAAAAGUAGUAGUGGUAAAGGAUACUGUAUUCCCUAUUCUUUGGUUGAAGAAGGCAAACGUGUUUCAUUGGAAGGCAACAGAACUUGUCCUGAUGAACUAAGUGCAUUUAUAACCAUUCCAUGCUCGGACCAGGCCAUGGUUGAUGAUGACAAUCUUGAGGUUAACCAUCAAAGGGAUGGAGGUGUAUUCCAUUGCUUUUAUGAUAAGGAUGUCUUGAAGCUUGAGAAAUGCGGUGAUGGUUGGGGCAGACUUCAUAGCAAUAGGAGCAGCUGCUUCUGUUCCAAGGAGGGAACAUGCUUUCUUCCACUUUUCUCAACUGGUGUAGCAUGGGUGGAGAUCACAUGUUCAAGCCCUUCUCCCCUACAGUGCUUGCAUCUUCGAAGAACACGUGUAAUCGAAGAUAACAUUUCCAAGGAGAAUCCGUAUGUUAAGACCUUUGUUUUUGUGGGUGAUGCAAUUUCGAUAAAGCAUUCAGUUCUCUUGACUUCAUAUCAACCUCGUUGGUCUGCUAAAUUUGGUGCACAUCUUGCUUAUGUACUGGAAAGGCUUUUGAUGUUCACCUUUCACGUCUCUAUGACACUUGCACUUCUAAACAGCCUGCCGGUUUAUUUUCUCGAUGGUGAGGCUAUCUCAGAGGUGGUUUCACACUACUUCAGGAUCCUAAGUCCCAGGAGGAGGAGAACCAUUCUACAGUAUUUCCUAUUUGGUGGAACGGUUGCAUCUAUUAUUAUGUUCGUCCGGAUUUUCCUUGUUUUAUUGUGAGGUAGAAAAUUGUCAUACCGUGCUUAUUAUAAAGGUGAAGCUUAGAGACAUAUUUUCCCUCUCCGUAGGUUUGGAUAUAUUAUGUCUUUAUUUAUGUUUUGAAUUUUUUGUGCCUCCUCUGACUCUCCGUCCACAAACGAGCGAGGAAACUCCAGUUUUCUCAUCAAUGAGUAUUUGGUCCUAUAGAAAAUGUUUACUAUCCUCAAAUUUGUUCUAGAAAUUUCCCUGUUUUUUUUACUUGUGUUGGCGGUGGCGAACUUUUAUUCAGUGGCACAAAAUUUGGUAGACUAGCAACCUUAUCUUAUGAGUACAAGUUUUAAAUUUUU